UAACAACGUAAAUGUCAGUACAUUACCUAAGGUCUUUAUCUUAAGUAUAAAAUACCAUUGUCGCAUAUAUGUAAUCAAAAAUUUGGAUAUCGCAGUCAUGAAAGAAGUCCUGAUCCUGUUAUCGGCAUUGGUGGUGAUUGCCAGAUGCAAUAGUAUAAUUAACGUACAGAAAAAUGUGAAAGGUGGUAACAUGAAUGGUCGGUAUCUGGUAGCCAGUGGCGGAAACCAGGCUGUGCCUUUUAACGAUGACUAUAUGAGCAAAGGUCAUGAGUACUUUGAUGUUUACUCACCAGAGAUUGCAACACAUUAUGGUGAGGUCUUCUGGACCGAUCAAGGCAACAAUCUGAUUCCACAAGAAAUCAUCGACAGAUUUGCAGGAAAGGUCAUGGCCAUUACAGGCUACGAACAGGACCAAGUUAUGGUGUAUCCACUUGAUAAACCAGGUUUGAAUCCCGAAAAUGAUGUAUCUGUUCCAAUCAACUGGGCAUAUAACCACCACUACAUGGCAUGGAUGACUGGGAACCACUCUAAAUUGGUAAAAAUUAAGAAUCCAGACCCCAGUGAUGUCAGUGCUCAUGGAUCCCCAAUGAAAUGGGUAGCAGAAGAUCUACCUUCAGCAAAGGAUCGAGAGUACAAAAACGUUCCAACAAGUCAAAUGUUUAGUGAAGGAAAUGGUGGAGAGUCAAGGAAAAGUUUCCACGGUUAUCCAGACGGAUUCGCCCAAUUAAUUGACUCGCCCGACAAGUGGCAUAUAACUCCUAUGCAAAUUGAUACUCGUAACAGAGACUGUGGCGCCACACCACAAGACGUUCACAACUGUACCGUUUUCACGCCAGGAGAUGAACCACGACAGGCCAGAUAUGGUCGUGGCAUUCCGAAAGAAGGAGCCAUUUAUUCUGGAAUUCUAGAAUGUCCAUGCAAUGGUCGUUUCGGUGGUGACCCUGCGAUAUACGGUCCUAGCACAAAAACAAAAUACAUUCAGCACCAUUAUGCACUUGUUGUAGAGCCAUCUUGUAAAACUCCCACGAAAAGCGCGACCGUAUGCUUUGAUGCAGUAGCCAUGUUAGGAGUCAAAGCAACUAAGAAUGUAACAGUGCUCUCCUCUUCAAGCGAAAUUCCUAGUGGCUGUAGUGUUGACUCAGAGUCUGAUGGCUCAUUAACUGUGUCUUACAACGAGUUUCAAAGUUCGAAACAAUGUUCGACAUCUAGUAAAAGAACAGGAAGUGUGAAAUUUAACAUCGGAGUAUCAAUAAAAAUUGAACUUUCUGAGGCUAGCACAAUAACCUUAAGUGGACCUGCAGACGCAUGGUUUGGAGUUGGUUUCAAUGCUACACAUAUGGCCGACAAACCUUAUACUUUAAUUGUUAACUCUACAGGUGUAUAUGAACAGCAAAUAGGUACAUGUGGAAGCGAGGCAGAUCAUUGUCCAGGAACUCCUUUGAACAACAGCAUAAAGAUUGUAUCCAAUACUGUCGUCAAUGGUGUUAGAACUGCCGUCCUGACACGCCCUCUCAAAGGUUUGACGAAAAAACAUUACAGCUUUGAUGCUUUAAAUGCACAAAUCAAUUUUAUUUCUGCUGUCGGUUCUUCUCAGACGUUUGCUUACCAUAAAGUACAUACUACCGGCAUUAUUGUUUUGAUAGCAAAACACGAGCCUAACUGCAUUUGCGACGUAGGAGAAACAGGUAUGAUGUGUGAUACUAAUGGAUCCAACUGUGACCAUUUCGUCAAAAAUUGUGUUCCAGCACCUGCUGGGGAACUCUUAUCUCAGAGAAAUCCAACGUGCAAUUCAAUAACGUAUGCCGGAGGACUCCAAUGUUGUAAACACAAGCGUAUAAUGCUGGAUGCUGAUCAACCUAUACGACCAGAACUUUUACGAUACCACAUGAAAUUUCGCUUUUGGUUUCAGGAAUACAAGGUAGAUGGCGCAAACGUUUCUCAUCACGAUUUGCCCCGUAUCUAUUAUCAAACCGAAGCUUGGGCAGGUGAAUAUGAUAUUCCUCCAGCAUUUGCCCUGCCGAGGAAACCUAUACCGGGAUAUAAUAACUGGCCACUGAACACACCAACUCCUGGAACUAAAUGUACUGGGAAUUGUCCUUCUGGGAACGAUUGUGAGUGUGUGCAUACAAUAGAAUUCAAAUGGACCGUCAGCAAUAUAAGACUGAUUUACGCUGGAGGUCACUGUCAUGCCCCAGCUUGCAUUUCUAUGGAACUUUAUAGGAACGACACUGGUCAUGAGAUGGAGCUGUUAUGCAGACAAGUUCCAGUAUUUGGAAAAGGAAACAUUAAAGAGAACAAAUACGACGAAGCUGGAUAUAUAGCACUGCCUCCCUGUCUAUGGGGAGACGACAACGGUUUGGAACCCUCCGUACUGUUGCCUAAGAAUACACCUAUGGUGGCCAUCAAGCAUAACAGGAACACAAGAGUGGGUCACUUUGGCGAAAUGGCCUCCUGGCAAAUGAGAGGAGUCAAUUUCUAAAAUAACAAUGUCAUAUAUGUCGAUAUAACCCUUCGAAAAAAACUUGUUUAGGAAUAUCAUCAUCUUAUAUUUUUAGUUUAGACAAUAGCAUACAAGAUUAUUCGUGUACAUCAUUCAAAUUUUCAUAUAAUUAAAGCUUUAUCAAAUGUA